AUGGCCUCCCAGAAACGACUCAUCAAGGAGCUGGCAGCAUACAAGAAAGACCCCAAUCCUUGCCUAGCAUCGCUCACAGCCGACGGCGAUAGUCUCUACAAAUGGACUGCCGUCAUGAGAGGAACCGAGGGCACUGCAUAUGAAAACGGUCUCUGGCAGGUGGAAAUCAACAUCCCCGAAAACUACCCGCUACAGCCACCGACCAUGUUUUUCCGAACGAAAAUCUGCCACCCAAACAUCCACUUUGAAACCGGAGAGGUGUGCAUUGACGUUCUCAAGACGCAGUGGUCCCCAGCAUGGACCAUCUCUUCUGCAUGCACCGCAGUGUCGGCCAUGCUAUCUCUGCCAGAACCAGAUUCGCCUCUUAACAUUGACGCAGCCAAUCUCGUGCGAUGUGGCGACGAAAGCGCCAUGGAAGGUCUGGUUCGAUAUUACGUCAACAAGUAUGCAUCGGGAAACUAG